UUUUUUUUUUUUUUUACCUCGAUUGACCUAGAAUAAAAGUUUAGACAGAUAUGCCUAAUGCGUUUAGCACAUGGCCAUCACAAUCGGCCAUCAUGGAUUGCUGGAGUCAUCAAGCAAUGAAUAUUUGGAAAACAAGAGAGUAACCACUGUUACAAUGCUGCUAUCAAUUAACUGACACCAUAAUCAAAUGGCUUGGAGAACAUAACCAUGAUACAUUAACCCAAAAUGGAGUUAAAAUAACUGUCCACAAAUGUGGACACCAUGCAUGAAAGGUUUUAAUAAAGAUAAUAUUUUACUGAGACAGAAAUCAAUCAAAUGGUAUUUAGUAACAUUCAGAAACAUAUUAUUCACACAUGGUGACAGGGUUCAUCUUAGCUGCAAGACGAAGUGAGUCCCCAAUAAUUGAUGCCAGUCUUACACAGAAAGCAAAAUGCAUCAAAACUGAAGAAAUCACUGUGUCUCAUCUCAUGAUCAUCCGACCCAUUACUCAUCUGCUGACCUUGGGUUUGCUCUGCACCUUCCACAGAUGUUUACACAUGUUGUUUACUUAAGUGGACUGUUAAACAAACCCCCUUCACAUGAACUCUAUGAAAACACUCAAACCGGCUGAAUUGUAACACACUUGUUUUCACUUAACUCCCAAGCACAUACUCUAUAUAUGAAAUGGAAUAUCAUGGAUAUAUUUAUGCCACACAUGUAAAUAUGGAUUAAUUCUAUACAUGUUGCCACCAUAGUCAUAAUAUUUCUCAGUCUGAGCUUGAUGACACUCACCAUACUCACCUCAGUUCCUGGAUAAGGACGCCUUGACAUCUUCUGACAAUAACUUUGUUCUAAGCUGUUUUGUCUCCUGCCAUUCACUGGUAAAAUUUGUCAGUUCUUUGUUUCCAUGAACUGUAAUGCGCGCUCUCCAAUUUUCUCAUGGCCUGUUCAUAUUGAUUAAUCAUUCUUUUUCUCUGGCUUCCACCAUUUUCCUCCAUACUUUUGGCAAUAACCGCAUCUCUGGCCUCACCAGAGAUGCCAAGUCUGAAGUCUCUGAAACCUCUCUGUGAUCUAUAUUAACCUUAUAUAAUUUUAUAUACAUAAUCUGUAUAUCUGAUUUAUGUACUAUAUUAUAACUGUUUUAACUACAUUUUCUAAGCUGUCCUGUCCUAUUUUUAGCACCUGGAGGUUGGUCUGGAGGCCGGAAACAAAGUUGGAACCCUUCAGAGGUCAGGCUGAUUGUUGCAGCUCAGGAGGAACAGGCAGCAUGGGAACAGCAGAUUGCUGCAGUACAGGAAUUUGACACUGCGACCUCACCAACCACGUGAAGCUGCCACGCCUGCAGCCGCUGUGCGUAAAGACCGCAACAUCAGCCGUUACACGAGAGCAGAGAGAGGAUGCAGGAACCGAGGUGAGCCUGUGCGGGGGAGCCGCUUUGACUAAACAGCCUAGAAUCUAAGUAGAGUGGGUGGAGUUAAUGAUGCUGUAAGUACAGGAGAAGGUGUUGCCUUCACACACCAAAGCCAUGCGUAAGAAGUGUGACCGGUGAGGAGGAUGCUGGAGCAUGAGGCAGGAGCAGACAUGCGACUGGUCCGUCAGAUCAAUACAGGUAUGAAGAUCCAGGCCGGCAGCGAGCACAUGGGCUGCAGCAAGGUCGGAGAAAAUCAGGAGAACCAGGUCAUCUGUUUGCAAUGUCAAGACGAGGUGGUGCGGGUUUCUCCGGGAAGUCCGCGUCGCUCCAUCGCGACGCGCCUCUCAUCCGGAUCCGCAGACCGUGAGCCCAGCAGUAGCAGCUAUAAUGUCUCUUCAGGAACCUUCUACAGCUGUGUCAGUCAGAUCACCAUCGGAUUUGACCUCGGGGGUCAAGUGGCCAUCGGGUUCUCCCACUGGAAGAGUCCUUUCCCAGCGAGCGGCCAGAAUCUCCCCAGUCCAGACUGCGUUCACUCUGAGGCCUCCGCCGUCCCACCCAUCAGCGAGCAUCUCGAACCGGUGUCCUGCCCAGCGUCGCUGUCAAUCACCCCACUGCCCACCUUCAGUGCCAGUCAGGAGACGCUCUGCGACAGUAGCACGAGUGUGAGUUUAUCUCUACAUGGGUCUGAGCCCCAGCGGCAGAGCCCCCACCGACGCAGAGUCCCGCUGCGGCCCUCGGCCUCAGGCUACCAGGCAGCGGACAGGCCUCUCGCCUUCUCCUCCCGUGGGAAGGCAGACAUCAUGGAGGAAUCCUCGGUUGAAGCCCUGGACUCCAGCACUCAAGACGAUGUGCCCCCCCUGGCUGUGAAGGGUGUUAAUGUGCUGCUUGAGAGAGAACGGUCCGAAGGCAUCAGCAGCCCGUCCAGAGAUGACGACUCCACCAUGCUGAACGCGGGAACCCACAGCAGCAUCCUGGACGACAACACUAAGUCCGAUUCUGGCCUCCCAGAGGGGAGGAGUAAGUCCAGCGGCCUUUGCUUCAGCGAUGGAAAGUGCCGCAUUGACUACAUCCUGGUUUACAGGAAAUCCAGCUCACAAUCAGAGAAGAGGGAGAUAUUUGAGCGGAAUAUCCGUGCAGAGGGCUUACAGAUGGAAAAGGAGGCCUCUUUAACAAACAGUGACGUGAUUUUUCUGAAGCUUCAUGCACCAUGGGAUGUUCUCUGUCGCUAUGCAGAGCUCAUGAACAUUCGCAUGCCUUUUAGGAGGAAAAUCUUUUACAUGCACCGACGGCACAAGUUCAUGAGCAGGAUGGAGAAGCGUAUCAACAAAUUUCGUGGCUGGCUUCCCCGCAAGCCCAUGAAGUUUGACAACAACACUCUGCCCGAUCUGGAGGAGAACGAGAGCUUUACUGCCCCCUUCAGUCGAUCAAGGAUACAUCAUUUCAUCAUCCACAACAAAGACACUUUUUUCAACAACGCCACCAGAAGUCGCAUUGUCCACCACAUCCUGCAGAGGGUCAAAUAUGAGGAGGGUAAAAAUAAAAUGGGGAUUAAUCGUCUUCUGAGCAAUAAUUCAUAUGAGGCUGCUUUCCCUCUUCAUGAGGGGAGGUACCACAGCAAAAACUCCAUCAGAACACACGGAGCAGAGAACCACCGGCACCUGCUGUACGAGUGUUGGGCCUGGUGGGGAGUUUGGUACAAGUACCAACCACUUGACCUCAUCAGGAGGUAUUUUGGGGAGAAGAUCGGUCUGUACUUUGCCUGGCUCGGCUGGUACACGGGGAUGCUUUUUCCUGCAGCUCUGGUUGGCCUUUUGGUAUUCCUGUAUGGCAUCUUUACUCUGGAGCACUGCCAGGUCAGUAAGGAAAUCUGCCAGGCCACUGACAUCAUCAUGUGCCCCAUCUGUGACCAGUACUGCCCCUACCUAAGACUGUCAGACAGCUGCAUCUAUGCCAAGGUCACCCAUCUUUUCGACAAUGGGGCAACUGUUUUCUUUGCUGUAUUCAUGGCUGUUUGGGCAACAGUCUUCCUGGAGUUCUGGAAAAGACGCAGAGCUGUCCUCGCAUACGAUUGGGACCUCAUUGACUGGGAGGAAGAGGAGGAUGAAAUACGCCCCCAGUUUGAGGCCAAAUACUCUAAGAAGGAGAGGAUGAACCCCAUAUCUGGAAAACCAGAACCUUACCAGGCCUUCACUGACAAAUACAGUCGCCUCAUCGUCUCAGCAUCCGGGAUCUUCUUCAUGAUACUGGUCGUGAUUGCUGCUGUGUUUGGCAUCGUCAUUUACCGUGUGAUCACCGUCAGCACCUUCGCCGCCUUCGGCUGGGCUCUCAUCAGGAACAACUCUCAGGUGGCAACCACAGGAACGGCAGUCUGCAUCAACUUCUGUGUCAUCAUGCUCCUCAACGUGCUCUAUGAAAAAGUUGCUCUUCUUCUUACUAAUUUGGAACAGCCAAGAACAGAGUCAGAGUGGGAGAACAGCUUUACCCUCAAGAUGUUCCUUUUUCAGUUUGUCAAUCUCAACAGUUCAACUUUCUACAUUGCCUUCUUUUUGGGAAGAUUUACAGGCCGGCCUGGUGCAUAUCUACGCCUCAUCAAUCGCUGGAAACUGGAAGAAUGUCACCCCAGUGGAUGUCUCAUUGACCUCUGUAUGCAGAUGGGGAUCAUCAUGGUGCUAAAACAGACCUGGAACAAUUUCAUGGAGCUCGGCUACCCGUUGGUCCAAAACUGGUGGACACGGCGGAGGCUGAGGAGAGAGCACGGACAGAAAGCCAAGGCCAGCUUCCCACAGUGGGAGAGAGAUUACAACCUACAGCCAAUGAAUGCCUAUGGACUUUUUGAUGAAUACUUAGAAAUGAUUUUGCAGUUUGGCUUCACCACCAUUUUUGUGGCAGCUUUCCCCCUGGCCCCUCUGUUAGCGCUGCUCAACAACGUCAUUGAGAUUCGCUUAGACGCCUACAAGUUUGUCACACAGUGGCGGCGACCUCUGCCCUCACAAGCCAAAGACAUAGGGAUCUGGUAUGGCAUUCUGGAGGGCAUCGGCAUCUUGUCUGUCAUCACCAACGCCUUUGUCAUCGCUGUUACCUCAGAUUUCAUCCCUCGCCUUGUUUAUGCCUACAAAUAUGGCCCUUGUGCUGGUCAGGGACGAGCAGGGGAGGGGUGUAUGAUGGGUUAUGUCAACGCCAGUCUUUCAGUAUUCCGAGUGUCUGACUUUGAGAAGAGAUCACAGCCCAAAACAUCUGGCACCGAGCUGUUUGGAGAAUCUGUGAAGUAUUGCAGGUAUCGUGACUACAGGGAGCCUCCAGACUCUGCUGAGCCCUACUCAUACACUCUGCAGUUCUGGCACGUCCUGGCAGCCCGGCUGGCAUUCAUCAUUGUAUUUGAGCAUAUGGUCUUUGCCAUCAAGACCCUGAUCGCAUACUUGAUCCCCGACCUUCCCAAAGACCUGCGGGACAGAAUGCGCAGGGAGAAAUACCUGAUCCAGGAGAUGAUGUAUGAGGCAGAGUUGGAGAGACUGCAAAAGGAGAAAAACGAGAAGAACAAGAAAGACAGGGCCCAUCACAAGGAAUGGCCCUGAAUGCACCAAUUGGUUAUGAGCUGGUGUUUGGUUUUCACUGCACAGUGGAGGAAGGAAAGGAGUGCUGGGUUUCCUGCAUGAUACUGGACUCUCAUACCUUCCUCUUGCCAUGUCAGACCAGCGCCUCAUGGUGGACAAUUGAUGAACUGCACCCAGCAGAGCCGCAGUGACCACAGAGCCCAUGUGUCGACAGACAUAACGGAUAUGUCCUCUUGAGUAUUUGCUAGAGGAUUUUGCUACCUUUUUCUUCUGCAGAUAGUUUCUACCACGUUGGACUCACAGCAGCGUAUGUCUUCAGAUCCUGAAUGUAGAUUUCAAGCAAGACUAAACUUUUACAGAUUUCUUGUCUUAGUUGAGAGAGAUUACUCUCCCAAACUUACUGAAUGACAAACCCUGUUUACAUUUCUUCUUGUUUGAGGAGUUCACAUUUUCUUUGUUGUAAAUAAGCAUAUUUAAAUGAAUGUCAGGCCAUCUGCUCUGCUAAACUGUAGUGCAAUAAAAACUAGAGAAUGCAA